AUCCGCGCAUAUAUUAUGUAAAAAAAAUUUAUAAAAAAGUGAGAAAUUGUCAAAUAGAAACACGCAUUGUCUCAUAAUUAUAUACAGAAAAAUACACAGAUUCUAAUACGUAAGAACCGUGUGUUGUUUCUUAUCACGCGUUCUGUUUGCAGAAGCUGCGACGCUUUUCUAAUCCAUAUUUUGUUUGAAAUCUAUGUCAGAGCACGGCACGCAAAAAAAGCAUCGUGUGCCGCUGACUCAAGGUCCUUUUCGGUUAUUGGCAAUACUUAAAAGUCUAUAGUACACGUGACGUGAAUCUACAGAUUUUCAGUACCGCCGGUAAUAACCGAACAAGGAUCUAAACAAGAAGGAAUUCGACACCGCUUACGAAACGAUUUGUGAACGUGUAAUUGCGAACCCGGUGAAUUUUGCAAGUUCUUCGCGUAUCCAACGACGAGUAAGCAAAAAGACUUAGGGAUAAAAAUACAGAACGCGGUGAAUCUUCGCUAUUCAAAUAAAAAAAGUUCAUGGACAGUUCGAAAUUCUCCGUGUUAACGUUCUUGUCGUCUAUGUUCUGCAUGUAUUUGUCGAAUGAUUAUAAGAAUUCAACGGACAAUUGCGAUGUCGACGUUUCGUCUUUGCUGAUAAACGAAAAUCAGAAACUCGACGAAGAAUCGAUUCGACAAGAAUUAGAAAAAAGUGACAGGAUUCACCACAGACUCAUGACGCCUCGCAGAUCGGUGUUGCCGACAAAACGUUGGCCAACAAUCCUGACGUUUGAAGAACAUGAAACGGCAGAAAGAUAUCAGAGACAACCGGCGGCUCGUAAAAUUACAGAUUUAUUACCGGAGGAGAAGAAGAGCAAAGUACGCUCGUUUUCGUUGAAUUCGCCAUCGCGCAGCCAUACGUGUUGGGAAAAUUGUAUCGCGGAGUCAACAAUAACAACGUCCAAUUUUGACGUUGAUCUGCCAACAGUUUCUGAUUCCGACAAGUUCUCUUUACACGAGAUAGAUUAUGACAAUUAUGAUCAAACGCUACAAAGCAGUGCGAUGCUACAAGAUAACUCCGAAGACCGCACAUCCUGGCGAAGAAACUUGAGUCGCGCGAUAUUCGGGUGGUUGAUCACUCUCUGCAUCUGGCUGAAAAAAAAGCUGUCGCAUUGGCUAAAAAUCAUAAUUGUGAUAUUACUUUCUCUCUUUCAGAGUUAUGCGAAACUGAAAAAGAUGAUUUUCCUAACACAAACUUCUCAAAUAAAGAAAUUGGACCGAUUAGUAAAGACCAUGCACUCUGAAAAUGAGAAAAUAUUAUGCGAGGUGUCGGAGAAAGUAACAAGACUUUCGGCGGAGUUUGUUCAGAUGCGAAUGUGUACUGAAACCACUCUUAACGAUCUGACAGCUCAAAUUAAAGUCAUCAAUGAAACCAGUAAAAAAAUGAUUGAGAACGAUAUGGCGCUGACACAAGAGCUGAAGCAAUUGCGUAAAACACUGGAGGAAGAUCGAUUGAAAUACACUCGACCACCUACCCCAUUUUCUUUGUGUCCUUUAAGCUCUUCUUCUCCACCUCGACUGACUCUUCCACCGACUCCGUCACUUCCUUCGCUUAAUUUGGAAUCAACGUUAUUACCGCCACCUCCUCCCCCUUUUCCUUCAGCCGCUUUGCAGACCGCGUUACCACGAACACAACCGACGACUCCCAAUAGCAGUAAGAAAAACAAAAGCAAAACGCCCACGAGAAAAUGUUCGACGCCGUUGUUCAAUAGGCCAAGUAUCACCGUUGACGAUCUUUUAAAAGUAACUCUGAAGAAGGCUCCAUCCACGGUAUUCUCUCAAUCACAUUUUUUAUACAUCUUUAUUUGUAAUAAUACAAACAUUACGUUUCAGGAUAACAGACGAAGCAUCGUAUCAAACUCGAAAGGUCCGGUCGUGUCUCUGGAAAUGCUGCGUAACGUAAAACUGAGAUCCGCCAAACGUCGAUCUAACGAUCCAACGGGAAAGUCGCCGAGGAGUGGCCGAGUUAUAAAAACCCGAACCGCAUCGCCUAUCAGUCUUUCGCCGAUUCUAACGAGCUCGGAAGGCAAUCUCGAGCGAAUCUUGCGACAAGUGGAUUUGAACAAACCGAGAAGACUCUUAUCCGCAUCAAGUAGCUUCCGCGAUUUCGGCAAGGAGAAACAGGAAAAAUUCGCGCACAGCCAGUCGCAUUCCGUGAUUGAUUAAAAUUUAUUUCGAUGUAUAAUAAUACAGUACAAAGAAAACUUCGCGGGGUUUCCUCAAUUCUGUGAUGUAAUUUAACAAAACCUUCUUUUUCUUCGCUUCUUCACGCGUAUCCCUCCUCUGUUGCAGAAAAUUUAAAAGAAACCUUAAGUUUUAAUCAGAAUAUAUAGAAACGUGUCACAUCGAUUAAAAUAAUGAAAUAAUAUUUAUUUAUUUAUUUAAGAGACUGAAAAGACUCCUCUAAGCUUCUGUUAAAUGUCUCCCCUAAUUUGGCUGAGCCGAGUUUUAUUAAUAUUUAAGAAACAAAUUGACAAUGUUUUCAAUAAAGUUAUGUUGAUUAGAAAAAAAAAAACAUAGAUUUAUCAUUUUAUUUUAUUUAUAGCUUCCGUGUGUGUAUGUGUGUAUGUAAUCUUACAGAAAAAAGAUUGUUUGCAUUCGGUGUAAUUCGCAUUUCGAUUGUAAUACAGAACGUAAGAACGCACUUUUUAGAUCGCAAAUAACGCAAACUUAGCUCUCCUUCAAACGAUGAUGAUGACGCGACGCGGCGCGGAGUGACGUGGCGUUUUUUGUUUUUUUUUUUGUUCGAAUCGUUCGCGUUUUGUUAUCAGUCUCAAAUUCAAUCGCUAAAUUCCCUGUAUACGCGGUAUGUGUAUAAACCGGGCUAAUAUAAUAAAUAUAUAUAUAUAUAUAUAUGUAUAUAUAUAUAUAUAUAUAUAAAAGUAGGUAGAUAUACAAAAACACAUAUCGUUUAUUGAUCAAGAAAGCAAGAAGAAGAGUCAACGAAACUGAUCAAGUUCGCGAAGUUUUCUAAAUAACAGAAUUCUGCGUCACUUUAAAAAACGAUAUCUAUAAAAAAUCGUUUCCGACGGUGUCUAUCCUAUAAACUAAUUACACACAGGUCGGCGUGAAAAUUUUUUGGGUUUAAGAACGAAUUAGCGUUUCUCGAGGCAGAAUCGUCGUUGACCGCUGAAUUCGAAUUUAGCUUCUCCCGCGUGUCAGAUUCGAAUGUUCAGCGAACGCGAACAAAAUUACUUCGAGAAAGUGCAGUUACUCCCGUGUAAAUUCUAAAAAGUCAAAAUUUUGUCGACCCGUGUCGUCGAAUCGCGCGGCCGAUCGGACUAAUAAUCUCGACAUACGGGGAGGGGGAGGGGAUCGUCGCUAAUUAUUCAUCAUUUGUUGCCACCCGACACACACGUUUUACGUUACCCAACUUUCGUAAAAACAAUUCUGCCGCACAGAGACACACACACGCUAUGUACUUGAAAUAUACAUAUAUAUAUAUUAUAUAUAUAUAUAUAUAUAUAUAUAUAUUUAUGUAUAUGCGCGUGUGCGUUUUACAGCCUACGAACAGCUUUUCCGCCUCACUCCGCAGUUCUUAAUUUAGAGCUCUGUUUACCUUGCGCAGUAGUUUUCGCGCGACUUAAUCUUCUCGAUUAUUAAUCGACUCGAUCACAUCAUGUACUAAAGUUGAUUCUACACGUUGCUGUCGCUCGAAUAUAAUCUUUCGCAUCAAGAUUAUUAUUUUAUUUUUAUUUUUUUUUUAUUGUGUGUUUUAUUUAAUCUACUUACUUUACGCUUUUACUUAUUACAUUUCGCAAAGCAAAUAUAUACUGACUUACUUUACGAGAACCGAUUGAUAUUAUUACUUGGAGUUAUUCCUUAUAACGUAUUUACUUGUAACAUAAUGGUGUUUAUCGAUUUUACCGGUAUAGCAUAUACCGGCAUCUAAAUACAGGAGCACCCCAUAGACACCAAUUUUGUUUUUUUUCUUUUUUUUUUUUUCUACCUUGUUUCCUGCGCGGAGCUUGCAAUCCACACGUUUUCCCGAUGGAUGUUGCUUUUUAGUUGCUGCUACUAAUAUUAAAAACGCCUCACUCUUUCGCUGCGCUCGUUCGGCAUCUCCUUUUUUGAUAAAAAUCAUUCGCUCUCUCUCUCUUUCCGUGUCGUUAGUCAGCAAGAAAACCCGAGUGAGCUGCUUGAGCUUAAAAUAGAUUUUGGUAAUUCCAGCUCUAAUAGAUAAAGAGUUUAAAUGCGUUAAAAUGGUCAAUACUUAGCUAAAGCUUACCUCGUCGAUUUUGUAUGUGUGAAGGAAGGAUUUCUUUUUUUUUUUUUUUAUUCACUUGUAAAUCUACGAUCCCGACAGAGAUUUCUUCUUAUUACAAGAACAAUGGAAUGUCUCAACAUAAAACUGGAUGGAAUGACUCGACGACGAAUCGAAGAGAAAUGGAUAAUACAACGAAGAACUGAAACCGGUCAAUUUUUUUUAAUUUUUUUGUUCAUUUUCGAUAUCAUUUCGACGAGAUUUUGGAUCUCGACGUGUUCUACGAACAGUAGGAAGUGACACCGAUCUUUCUCUGUACACCGUCGAUAGAAGUGCGAAAUAGGAUUCUUUUAUCUCACGCGUAUAGUAUUUACACUAACGAAAGCUUGAAUUCGCCAGAAAUCUGUACCGGUUUCAAUCCACGAUUAACAAACACGGAUCAAUUAUCCGCGCGGAUUGGAUGUAUAUUUAUAUAUAGAGCGUAAAAUUAUGUCUGCGUAUGUAUGUGUAUGUAUUGUGUAUGUAUGUGUGUGUGCGCGCGCGCGCGAAUGGAAAAAAGUCGGGGUACAAUCAUUUAUUCUGUCACUUCUUAUACCACAAUAAUCGAUAUUAGUUUACACAACGGGCGUAUGAAAACGUACAACCACAUUACAGACUAGCUAGAUAGUUUACUUGGUUGCUGUGAGUAACGUAA